AUGACGGCGCUCGUCGACAGCGCAAACGACGUCGAGACCCUCGCAGCGCACGCCCACGCCCACCCGCGCCGCUUCCUCGACAUGAGCUCGUCGUUCCCUCAUCCGCACGAACACAACCACCACGGGCAGGGUCAGCAGGGCGGAGGGCAGUCGCGGGUCGACGAGGACGACCUGCUGGACCUGCUCGCGAGCGACUCGUUCUCGCUCGAGUCGCGCAGGGACCGCGACCUGCUCGUGCUCUCCUCGUUCCUCAAGUCGGCUCUCCCCGGCGCGAGUGCGGGUGGACCGACCGCGCACCCGCCUGGUCCGUCGCUGGCUAUUGGUGGGAACGCAGGACAGGGUCUCUUUGGCGCCGGAGGAGGAGGAGCGGCGGCGGCGGCAGCUGGCUGGAACGGGUGGAGACCGGCUCACCAGGGAGGAGGCGUAGGUGGGGAAGGCGUUGCGGCGCCGUACGGGUCGCCCAUGUCGUUUGCGUCGACGGCGAGCAACAUGAGCAACGUCGCACACCACGCCGCGCCGUCGUCGUCCUUCUCGCCACCGCCCGUCCCCUCGUCGUCCUCCUCGUUCGCGUUCCCCUCAGCCUCUCCCUCGCACCACCACUCGUUCUUCCCGCCCGGAUCGCCCGUCACAACAUCCUCCGCCAUCCUCUCCGCCUCGCCCGUCUCCCGCACCCAAGCCUCGCCCUUCGCCGCCCCCUCACGGCAUCCUCAACAACGCCGCCCGUCCGCCUCGUCCCCGCUCUUUCAGACCCAGACCCCGCAGACCCUCCAGCAAAUACACCAAGGCAUUCGCGCACCCGCCUGCUCGCGGGAACGCGUGCCGACACUGUCGUCUAUCGCGCCGACGAACGGACCGGGUGCCGCGGGAGGGGCGUUAGGGCUGGACGAGGAGGGGUGGAAGACGCGGCUGAGAUCGGCGGCGAGGGCGAGGAAGGCGCAGGCGGUGGACGAAUCGUCGGACGACGUCAUGAUGGAGUGA